AAUAGAGUCACCGCCCUGCUCACCUUGGCCAGGGUCCUUCACCGGGAGCGCUAUUGAGUGCGACUUAGGCCAGUCAGGGUCCUAGGGGCUUUAUUCCAGUGCAAUUGCAGGGAGAAGAGGCUGUGGAGGGGCACUAUUCAACGUCCUGCAGCUCCUGAGAGUCAUGACAAUGACGACAGUCGAACCUUGGCCAAGGCGGAACAACUGAUAACGAGAUAUGCGGUGUUUUCUGCUAUGUACAGUACGUGAUUUAUAUUGCUACUCAUUUUACUAGUAAGGAUCCUUCAGUAUCAACCUCCAAUCAGCUCAGCUAGUUUAUAGCAGGUGUUUCUAAUUUCCUGUCGAUCAUUAUUAUUGCGAUUAUUUGUUUGUCUCAUGAAAACUUGUGCCCCUCCCCCGCCAUUUUCUUUGCUCGGUCAUAUCUUCUCUCAACAACAUCGUCACUUUUAGACUACCGUUCUAGAGACAUCCAAUUCACUCACUCUUUUCAUUGAACUGGAAUAGACUCCAAUAAGGAUCUCACUGAGUCAUAAAAACGCGCAAUAAUACACUGCAGACCGUCAUCAUGGCUUCCUCCGAUACGCCAGCUCUCAAGAACGAUCCCAAGUUCAUCUUCUUUACCGACUUUGACGGGACAGUAACCACCGCCGAUUCUAAUGACUACAUGACCGACAACCUUGGCUUCGGUGUUGAGCGCCGUCGUCAGCUUAACAAGGACGUUCUUUAUGGAAACAUGCAUUUCCGCGACAGCUUCGUUGAGAUGCUGGACAGCGUCAAGACUCCUUUCGAUGAGUGCAUUCAGAUUCUCCUCAAGAACAUUAAGCUCGAUCCUGGCUUCAAGGAGUUCUACGAUUGGGCUCAGGAGAACAAUGUUCCCAUUGUCAUUCUCAGUGGCGGCAUGACCCCUGUCAUUCGAGCUCUUCUAGACACUCUUCUGGGUCCUGGUUGGGAUAUUCAGAUUGUCAGCAACGAUGUGAAGGCACGAGAGGGCAAGACUCUUAAGGAUGAGGGAGGCUGGCAAAUUGAGUUCCAUGACGAUAGUAUCCAUGGUCAUGACAAGUCUAUUGAGAUCCGAAAGUACUCUUCGCUUCCUAACCGACCUACCAUGUUCUACGCCGGUGAUGGUGUCUCUGAUCUUUCAGCGGCCAAGGAGACCGAUCUUCUGUUUGCCAAGGCCGACAAGGACCUUGUUACCUGGUGCGAGAACGAGAACGUUCCCUUUGUCACAUUCCGUGACUGGUCUAGCAUCACUCAGACUGUCAAGGACAUUGCGGCCGGUACCGUUUCUGUCAAGGAUGCUGCCCGUGGCCGUAUCUAAUCUGGUAUGAAUUAAUGACAUGAAAAAGGAGAAUAGGAAAUGGCAUCCAUGACGAUUUAAAACAUAAAGGAUAGACUAGGUGGGAGCCAUCUACUGAGGUCACAUAGAUUCAUUAUAGAUUUGUGAAUAGACUUGGUCAGCCUGGAUCGAAUCAACUCCCUGCAUAAUUUCUACCCUGGUCACUUCACUUGUUCAUACAUUUUCCAAUUUCACUUUCUCCC